CCCCGAGAACACUCUUUGUGCUCCGAAUAAUAAAAAAUGAUUUUUUCUUCCCCCCAAGGGUAAAAUAUUUCGUGGUGUGAGUGCCUUGGGAGCAUGUGGAUGCUCGUCCCACCGAGUGGUAUGAAUCGAGAGUGUGCUGUGAGUCACCUUAGCCCACCCAACAAGGAGCGUAUCGAGUGCGUUGCGGACUUGAUCGCACAAAGAGGAUAAUUUGAUGACAGGCAGACGCAUUGUGAAGACUUGGAGUACAUAAUGGCAUAAGGAUGUGGAAUCAGCCCGCAUGGAUCCGUCGUAGGGAAAAGGGAGUUUUCCUUAGGCAGAGAGUUAUGGGCGGCGAUAGGCGCCGAGAGAGCCUGGCACCUGGAGCAACCAGGUAGCAUGCCAGCCUGACUAAGGAGUGAGGGGCCUACCGAGUAAGGAAAGUGCAACUUGCAGGGCACCAGGAGUAUUCAGCUGGCAGAGAGCCUGGUGGAUGGUGGAAAGGGGUAAGCGUACUCCCACAAGCGCUGGACAGGACCACGGGAACACAGGCAAGAACGCAACGUAACAACACAACACCAUGCAAGUCUCGAUUAUUGAUUUGCUGAGGUGAACGAGGGCUGAGUGGUCCGAUCAAAGGAACACGGAGAGAAGUACUCGUAUGGAGGUACGUAACGGAGGCCGGAGGAGGGAGGGAGGAGGACGGAGGACUCGCACGACUCGUUUUCUGUAUACCUAUACGAGGGCACGAUGGCGGCGGAGACGUGCUUGCGUGUUGUGUGCGCGUAAGUACCGAGUACGGAGCACGGAGCAAUGUACGGAGUAUGAGCUGCGUAUCUGGAAACGGCUCUUUUUGCGGGCGAGAAAGGGAGUUGUGUGGUGCCGAGGAUCCAGGGCGAGGGCGCAGGCGCAGGCACAGGCACCGACCACGGGGGGGCACAGGCACAAGCGCAGGUGCAGGUGCAGGUGCAGGCGCCAUUGGGAAAAACAAUUCGGUGAUGUGGUGACCACUGACCAGACCAACAAAGGAAGUCGUACGUUCUGCUCCCGUAAUGUGCAGGGACUGCAGGGUGGGGUGGGGAACCAUAACGUGAUGAGGCCGCGACUGAGCGGAAGAACAGUCAGGCGGUGCCCCCUGUAGGACGAGUGGACAAGUGGACGAGUACGACGGGGGUCCAUGGCCUGUGGUGCUGGGUCCCUUGCCCGCCUGGGACCUUGGGGCCUUGGUGCACUGGGUGCCCUGAUGCCCUGAUGCCUUGGUGCUAGCCGUGGAUGUGUCAGGCCAGCCCCGAGCUGGGCUGACCCAUUAACUUUUGCCCGAUGGUUUCGGAGCUCGGGGCGUGACAUCUUUUUGCAUCGCUGGGCAUGCACUCACUUGCUGAUCACCGAUCCGCUAAACCAUAACCCACUGCAACCAUCACCACUGCGCAGACUGGGCACUAUAUCACUCUCCUUCCAUCCGCCUUCUUCGAGGCCUUCGAUCUCCUUUUCUUCUGAACAACAAACACCCCAUUGACCGAACCAAGACCUCGCCUCGUCGACCACUCUUGUGUAUAGACUGCGACUCCGUUGUGCGGUACAACCACCGUCACCCUCAACAACCCAACACCUUUGCGAGACCCCUUGGCCCAAAACGAUCAUCGAUCUGAAACGUACACAAACGUCAUCACUUUUAUUGGCAACUCAACACUCGACCUGCGUUUACAUAUCAUCCACCGACAGCCUGUCCAGUUCGAGAUUCCUCUUCUCCUCCUGCGCUGUCACCAACACCGAAAAGAACAGAACAAGCAAAAAGAAAAUACACCAUGUUCUCGUGCUCAAAUCAACCUCGGGGAUGCCGCGGGCGAUGCGACACUGCUGGCGGCAAGUGCGCAGAGUGCCGAAUGUACAACUUCCGCAGUCGACCUAGCCGACCUUUUCGAUCCGUUCUCACACAGCCGCUCAACGUCCGGUCGGGUCUGCUGACUACGUCAUUCGAGGCUGAUGUCACCAUGCCGCGGUGCCCUGCAGAUGAGGCCAGAUAAUUGCCCACUGCGAGCUUUCAAACCCAAUCACCACCCUCGCACCAAUCUCACACAUUCAUCCUUCGGCAACUCAUGCCUUUGCCUUUUGCCCUUCGCCCAACCUUGGCGACAUCCCAGGCCACGGCGAAACCACACGCCAGGAUUGGGCCCCUCAUGAAACCUUGAUACCCCACGAGCUACGACCAUUGACGACCGCCGCCUCCGAUUGGAGUUUGGCUUCUUUUAUCCGGCCAUCACCGCUUUUUAGCAAUUUCACCACUCGAAUUUCUUGUCUUUGUUGGGUUUCAGCGUCGGCGUCUUCAGGGGGGGUACACCUUGCCAUCAGCAUGGAUUUUUAGCGACUUUUCCUGCAUCCGGAGGCAGCAAUACGACCAUGCAUUUCAUCUGCAAUAUUUUUCCACUGUUUGAUUGGGGCCCGACACACCGCGUUGUUGUCGGUCUGCGGCCCCAGUGUAUCAACGCUAUGUUCAGUGACGCCAGAUUUGGACACGAGUGACGACAGGCCUUGCAGCUGGCAGCUGCAGGUGGAAGAGUCCUUGUGACAAAGUUGAGGCGGGGUUUGUCGAUCCUUUUCUGCGCCGGCUUGGGCCAAAAAGCACACAUCAAUGGAAAGGGGUUGGGUGGGAGGGGGGAAUAGCACAAAAGCGAACGGAGACCGGGCGUCCACGUUAAUCGGUAGUGAGCCAGCAACUGGUUUUCCUGCUCUCAUGUACCAACAUUGGUUUGCGUCGGCAAUGUCUCACACGCAAGCUGGCCUGUACCUUACAAGACAGUGACAAGCUAUAUUAUUAUCAUUAUUCCGGGUCCAACUCAUUCCCAAACACGGAGAGUGACCUAGGCAAACGAACCAAAACAAAAAAAAGUUGAACAAUUUCA